AUGCCUAUCCAACAAGUUGGAACUGUUGAUGAACUUAUUGAAGUCCUUUUAAAUCAUAAUGAUGAUCGCGCAGAAUUCAUUGUAAAGCAUAUUUUACCAAUUCUUAAACAACUUCCACAACAAUUUUUCUUGCAAAGUGCCGCAGAUAAUAAGGAUCCUCUCGAACUAAAACAAACGCUUGAUGCGAUUUAUCGACGUAAAAUUCAGCAGUUGACUCAAACUUAUUUGACUUUGUCAUUGGUCGAUAUCGCUGACACUAUUGGCCUAGAAGGUCGGGAGGCCCCUAAGGUCGCGGAACGUUACAUUCUCCAAAUGAUUGAAUCUCGUGAAAUAUUUGCUACUAUUAGUCAUUCUGAUCAAGGCGGAAUGGUAUCUUUCCACGACGAUCCUGAUAUGUAUAAUACGUCAAAUACUAUCGUCAAGCUUGAGGAACAGAUAGCCAAAGCUACCAAAGUCAGCGACCGUGUUAUCCAAACUGACCGGCUUAUUGGUUGUAGUAGAGAAUAUCUUGUUAAAAGUAAAAAUAUUGCAUCUGGAGGCGUAAUGCCUGGUGGUAGUCAUAUGGAUGAUCAAGAAUUUUUUGCAGGAGGCGGUGGAUUUGACAAUUUCGAUGCUGAUGACGGAGGAAGAUUUUAUUAA